AUGAAAUGUUUCAAGACAAUAUUACAAGUUAUUUUCCUGCUAAAUGUGUGUUUAGCCACGUUAUCGCCGCCCUCUGAUAAAAAAGGACAGAAAGGUGUAAAGCCGCAAGAAGGUCCAAGAAAGAAUAAUGUGUUGGAUCGUAAACUAGUAAAUGAAACACCUUUAGUGAAAGAUAUAAUAAAAUACCACGCCACUUACCACCAGGACGUUGUAGCACGUAACUUUAGGAAUUCUGUUUUGGGUUACGUUACACCUUGGAACAACAAGGGUUACGAUGUUGCGAAGUCUUGGGCACCAAAGUUUAACUAUAUCUCUCCUGUGUGGCUUCAAAUAAAGCGUCAGUCGCCGAAUAUUUAUAUUAUAUCGGGUUUACAUGAUGUCGACCAUGCCUGGAUGAAGAAUGUUAGACAUAAAGGAUCUACUAGCAACUUAAAGAUCUUACCCAGAAUUAUCUUUGAAAACUGGCAACCGUCAGAUCUGAAGGCUUUCUUCAUGGAGCCCUCAUCCCAUACAGAACAAAAGGCUCUUAUUGAAGAGAUAAAGAAAGCUUGUAAGCAGUGGAAGUUUGAUGGUGUGGUGUUAGAGAUGCUCUCUCAAAUUGGCAAAUAUGUUGACAAAUCUGUUAAGUUUAUACAGCAGUUUGGUCUAGAGAUGAAUGAAGAUGAUCUAAGUCUAAUUCUAGUCUAUCCACCAUUCCGUGGAUAUCCCACUGAUGAGUUUUUCAUUCAAGCAUUUAAUGAUAUAUAUCCUUAUGUGGAAGCUGUUUCGAUUAUGACUUAUGAUUUCUCAAAUCCGCAGAAACCAGGUCCUAAUGCACCCCUAUAUUGGGUCAGAUUGUGUGUAGAAAAACUACUCGACAGUGAUGAGAUGCCAGCAAAAAGAUCCAAGAUCUUGCUUGGAUUGAACUUUUAUGGUAACUCUUACACAGCCAAUGGUGGUGGUCCAAUCGUGGGUACAGAGUAUAUAGAAUUAUUAAAGAAUGCCAAAAAUAACCAAGCUCUCUCAUAUAACAAUAACACAGCUGAAAAUUACAUAGAAAUCAGGACGUCACAGGGUACAAAGAAGAUAUUCUAUCCCACUUUAUACUCUAUUCAAAAACGUCUAGAAUUAGCCAAGGAAUAUGGCACUGGAGUUGCUAUAUGGGAGCUAGGCCAGGGUCUAGAUUACUUCUACGAUUUGUUCUGA